AUGGCUCAGCCCUCCGACGGUGGCAUAUCCUGCGAACUGCAAGGCGAGAUCACCAGGUUCCUGUGGCCCAAGGAGGUGGAACUGCUGCUGAAAACCUGGCUGCCCCAGGAGGGUGCUGCUACAAGCCAUGUCUUGGCACUGCUACGAUGGAGGGCCUACCUGCUCCACACUUGCCUCCCCCUGAGGGUGGACUGCACUUUCAGCUACCUGGAAGUUCAGGCCAUGGCGCUGCAGGAGAUGCCUCCUCAGGUCACCUUUGAGUUGGAGUCCCUGCCUGAACUGGUCCUGGAGUUUCCUGGUGUGGCCGCCUUGGAACAGCUGGCCCAGCAUGUGGCAGCUGCCAUCAAAAAGGUCUUUCCUCGCUCAACCCUUGGGAAGCUAUUCCGGAAGCCCACACCUGCCUCAAUGCUGGAGCGGCUGGAGAGAAGCCAUCCUUUAGCGUCCACAGGACCCAGCAGCCCCUGUGGCGGCUUCUUGGAGACUUAUGAAGCUCUAUGUGACUACAAUGGCUUCCCUUUUCGAGAAGAAAUUCAGUGGGAUGUGGACACCAUCUACCAUCGUCAAGGCUGCCGCCAUUUCUCCCUUGGUGACUUCAGCCACCUUGGCAGCCGAGACCUGGCCUUGAGCGUGGCUGCCCUAUCUUACAACCUGUGGUUCCGAUGCCUCUCCUGUGUGGACAUGAAGCUGAGCCUUGAGGUCUCAGAACAGAUUCUACACAUGAUGAGUCAGUCAUCCCACUUGGAGGAGCUGGUGUUGGAGACUUGUGGCCUGAGAGGGGACUUUGUUCGGCGACUGGCCCAGGCACUAUCAGGACAUUCCAGCUCCGGAUUGCGAGAGCUCAGCCUGGCUGGGAACCUGCUGGAUGACAGAGGUAUGGCUGCGCUCAGCACACACCUAGAGCAUUGUCCAGGAGCCUUGAGGAGGCUCAGCCUGGCCCAGACAGGAUUGACAUCACGAGGAAUGAGGGCUCUGGGCCAGGCACUGGCAGCCAAUGCUGCCUUUGACUCUACCCUGACCCACCUGGACCUUUCUGGGAACCCUGGGGCACUGGGAGCCUCUGAGGACAGUGGGGGCCUCUAUAGCUUCCUGAGCCGUCCUAACGUUCUGACCGUCCUGAAUCUCGCAGGCACUGACACAGCGCUGGACACUCUUUUUACAGCAUUAUCUGGAGGCUGCUGUGCCAAGCUCGCCCACCUCGAUGCCUCAAGGAAUAUCUUUUCCCGCACGAAGUCUCGGGCUGUGCCUGCUGCUCUGCAGCUCUUCCUCAGUAGCACUGAGACACUGAGGCACCUGGGCCUGGCGGGCUGCAAGCUGCCACCUGAAGCGCUCAGGGCCCUUUUGGAUGGCCUGGCGCUCAACACACACAUCCGCAACCUGCACCUGGACCUCAGUGCUUGUGAGCUGCACUCAGCGGGUGCCCAGGUGAUACAAGACUUAGUUUGUGAUGCAGGCUCCUUGAGCUCCUUGGAUCUAACUGACAAUGGUUUCGGCUCAGACAUGGUGACUCUGGUGCUGGCCAUAGGGAGGAGCCGGUCUCUGAAACAUGUGGCCCUUGGAAGGAACUUCAACGUCCGGUGCAAAGAGACCCUUGAUGACGUCCUGCACCGGAUUGUUCAGCUCAUACAGGAUGAUGACUGUCCUCUGCAAUCUCUAUCUGUGGCUGAGUCCCGGCUGAAGCUGAGUGCCAGCAUACUGCUCCAGGCCUUAGGCACCAAUCCUAAACUGACAACGCUGGAUAUCAGUGGCAAUGCUCUGGGGGACGCCGGAGCCAAGAUGCUGGCCAAGGCUCUGCGAGUCAAUACGAGGCUCCGGUCUGUGAUCUGGGACAGGAAUCACACAUCUGCUCUGGGCCUGCUGGAUGUGGCUCAGGCCCUGGAGCAGAAUCACAGCCUGAAGUCUAUGCCUCUGCCACUGAAUGAUGUGACCCAGGCACAACGCAGUCGCCCAGAACUGACAGCACGUGCAGUCCAUCAGAUCCAAGCCUGUCUCUUGAGGAACAAUCGUGCAGACACUUCUGCUUCUGAGAGUGCAUCCUGCCUUAAGCCCCUGGAUCUGAUUUCAGACCGCUCAGAGCAGGAAGUGAAUGAACUGUGUCAGUCAGUGCAGGAGCAUAUGGAGCUGCUUGGCUGUGAGGCUGGGCCCCAGGCUGAGGCUGUUGUGCACCAGGCCGAGGAUGCCAUCCAAAAUGCUAACUUCUCUCUCAGUAUUCUUCCUACUCUCUAUGAGGCUGGAAACUCCCCAAGCCAUCACUGGCAGCUGCAGCAGAAGUUGGGGGGCCUCCUGGGACAGGUGGGGGAGGUCUGCCGCCAGGACAUCCAGGACUUCACUCAUGCCACACUGGACACAACAAGGAGUCUCUGCCCCAAAAUGCUGCAGGGACCUGGCUGCAGGGAACAGCUAGAGGGUGUCUUAGCAGGCUCCAGGAGCCUCCCAGACCUGCUUCCAGAGCAGCUGCUACAAGAUACCUUCACUAGGCUCAGGAACAUGCGCCUGUCAGUCACAGGGACCCUGGCAGACAGCAUUAUGGCUCAGGCUCUGGCCGGUCUGAAUGCAGCCCGGGAUAGACUGGUGGAGAGUCUGGCUCAGCAAGCACCAGUGACAACGCCCCCUGCUGUAUCAGCCCUGGGUGGAGGUGAGCCCAGCCCUCUUGGGCCUGGGGAAUUGGAAGGACUUUUCUUCCCUGUGGAGAACGAAGAGGAGAAAGAGGAGAAGGAUGCUAGUUCUACACAGAAAUGGCCUGAGCCCAGCCACUGCCCUCACCUUGUCACCUCCCCUCAUGGUGCUGCUGAGGAAGCAGAGCCGGAGCCCGAGCUGGCGGCUCCGGGGGAAGAUGCUGAGCCGCAGGCUGGGCCGUCUGCGCGCGGCUCUCCGAGCCCCGCUGCCCCUGGACCACCCGCCGUCCCGCUGCCUCGCAUGGACCUGCCACCCGCCGGGCAGCCCCUACGCCAUCCGACCCGGGCCCGGCCGCGGCCACGCCGGCAGCACCACCACCGCCCGCCGCCGGGGGGCCCCCAGGUGGCCCCAGCCCUGCUGCAAGAAGGGAAUGGGCUCAGUGCCCGCGUGGACGAGGGUGUGGAGGAAUUCUUCUCCAAAAGGCUGAUCCAGCAGGAUCGCCUCUGGGCCCCUGAUGAAGACCCAGCUACAGAAGAAGGUGGUGCCACUCCUGUCCCCCGUACACUUCGAAAGAAGCUGGGCACCCUCUUUGCAUUUAAGAAGCCUCGUUCAACACGGAGCCCACGGCCUGAUCUAGAGACCAGCCCUGGGGCAGCUGCCCGUGCCAGAAAAGCUACACUUGGGGACCUGUUACGGCCACCAGCCCGCCCUGGCCGUGGUGAGGAGCCUGGAGGGGCUGAGGGAGGCACCAGCAGCCCUGACCCUACCCGCAGAAGCCGGCCCCGCUAUACACGGGAAAGCAAGGCCUACUCCAUGAUCCUGCUUCCUGCUGAGGAGGAGGCAACAUUGGGUGCCAGACCUGACAAGAGGCGGCCCCUGGAGCGAGGAGACACUGAGCUGGCCCCAUCAUUUGAGCAACGGGUACAAGUGAUGUUGCAGAGGAUUGGUGUGAGCAGGGGCAGUGCAGGCGCUGAAGGCAAGAGGAAACAAAGCAAAGAUGGUGAGAUCAAGAAGGCAGGCUCAGAUGGUGACAUUAUGGACAGCUCCACGGAGACCCCUCCCAUCUCAAUCAAGUCCCGUACCCACUCUGUAUCUGCUGACCCCUCACGCAGGCCAGGGCCAGGGGGUCAGGGGCCUGAGUCCGCCACCUGGAAGACACUGGGGCAGCAGCUGAACGCAGAGCUCAGAGGCCGUGGUUGGGGCCAACAGGAUGGUCCAGGUCCCCCCUCCCCUUGUCCCAGCCCAAGCCCCCGAAGACCCAGCCCAUCCCCAGACAUCCUGAACCUCCCAGAGGACCCUUGCUUGGGCCCUAGAAAUGAAGAUGGCCAGCUGAGGCCGAGGCCUCUCUCGGCAGGGCGACGAGCAGUGUCUGUGCAUGAGGAUCAGCUCCAGGCCCCUGCUGAACGGCCGCUGAGGCUGCAGCGCUCCCCUGUUCUCAAGCGCAGACCGAAGCUCGAGGCACCCUCAUCCCCAAGUCUAGGAUCUAGCCUUGGAACCAAUAUUUCACCCACACAGCCCAUAGAGCCCUCCAGUCCUGAGAGGAGCCUUCCCUCCCCAGCCACAGACCAAAGAGGCGGCGGCCCCAAUCUCUGAUCCUCUCCUUUCCUGCCGCAUGAGAUUAUUUUAUUAAAAAACUUGAAGGAAA